CUUCCCCCAGUCCCCAAUCCAUUUGCACGUCUCCUUCAGUUCAUACGUCCAUCUUUUGCCGCUCUUUCUCCCUUGCCCGCCGUAGACAAAUCACAUCUCCCCGCCCCUGUUUCGCGAGAUCGAGAGAGGAAGAGCUUCAAGGCACGAUCAAACGUGAAAAGCCCAGGUUCUGCCGAAGGCAAGUCGAUAGCAGUGUCGGGCUUCCUUGAUGAGGAAGGAGAAUACCUCAGGCUCAGCCCUUUGCGAAAACGAUCGUUUUCGAGAAACGGGCAUCACUAAAAAUCUCGCCUUUCUAAAAUAUCGGGGGCUGCGAAUGUGUAGGAGCAGCGAAAGUUGCAGGGAGUAGCGGUUGCUUGUUGAUGAGGGCGCUCCAUUCCCUAGUCGAGAACAAAGGGUCUGCUCUAAGCAAGGCUCUGAUAGCCCAUUGUCAAGCAACCGUAGGAGGAACCUUGAGUGAUCUCUAUAAUGCCAAUAAUAUAUUAAGAGGGUAUACAAAAUGUGGAGAAAUCUGGGUUGCCCACCAACUGUUCGACCGAAUGCGCGAAAGAGAUGCAGUCUCCUGGAACACCAUGAUUUCUGGUUAUGUUAAUAGUGGUAAGCUGGAGAGAGCAUGGGAUUUUCUGGAGUCCAUGAGACAAUGUGGACUAGAAGUGGAUGCUUAUACUUUUUCCAGUAUGCUAAAAGGAGUAGCUAGUGCAGGUAGGCUUGAUCUUGGACAGCAGUUGCAUUGCUUGAUUUUCAAGCACGGAUAUGGCAGGAAUGUUUAUGCAGGAAGUGCUCUUUUGGACAUGUAUGCUAAGUGCGAGAGGGUUGAGGAUGCGUACGUCGUGCUCCAACACAUGCCGCAACGUAACUCUGUCUCGUGGAAUGCGCUUAUCAGUGGAUUUGCACAGAGCGGUGACAGAGAGACCGCAUUUUGGCUUUUUGAUAGCAUGGAGCAUGAGGGUGUUAAGCCAGAUGAUGGGACCUUCGCUCCUCUCUUGACAUUGCUCAACGACCAUCAGUUUUUCAAGCUAACUGCACAGAUCCAUGCCAAAAUUAUGAAGCGUGGUCUAGAAUGGAAAAUUAAUGUUUGUAAUGCUGCAGUCAGUUCAUACUCAGAGUGUGGCUCCAUUGAAGAUGCUAAGAAACUGUUUGAUAGCAUUGUCUUUAGAGAUAUAGUGACAUGGAAUUCAAUGCUAGCUGCUUACCUUGUGCAUGGUGAAGAAGAUUCUGCCUUUAGGCUUUUUAUUGAUAUGCAGUGGCUGGGCAUUGAACCGGAUUUUUACACUUACACAAGUGUCAUAAGUGCUUGUUUUGAAGAAGCACGUAAAAAUCUGGGAAAGUCCCUCCAUGCUUUGGCAAUUAAAAGAGGUCUGGAGCGAUCAUUACCAAUCUCAAAUGCAUUUAUAGCUAUGUAUAUCAAAUUGGGUAAUGGAUCCAUGGAUGAUGCUAUUCGUGUCUUCGAAUCAAUGCAAUCCAAGGACCGGGUUUCUUGGAAUUCCAUGUUGACCGGAUACUCCCAAGUUGGGUUAAGUGAAGAUGCAUUGGAACUUUGUGCUCAGAUGAGAUCUUUGGAUACUGAGAUUGAUCAUUAUGCUCUUUCAGCAGUUCUCAAGUCUUGCUCUGAUUUAGCAACUCUCAUUUUGGGCCAACAAGUUCAUGCAUUGGCACUUAAGUUUGGCUUUGAGUCAAAUGAAUAUGUUGGCAGUGCACUGAUCUUUAUGUACUCUAAGUGUGGCAUUAUUAAAGAUGCUAGAAACUCUUUCGAAGAGACCUUCCAAAGCAGCUCAGUCACUUGGAAUGCGAUUAUCUUUGCCUAUGCACAACAUGGCCUAGGAAAUGAUGCACUUGAUCUUUUCCAUUUGAUGAGAGCAAGGAGAAUAAAGCUUGAUCACAUCACCUUUGUCGCAGUCCUGACUGCUUGUAGCCACAUUGGUUUGGUUGAAGAGGGCUAUGGGUUUCUAUUAUCAAUGGAAACAGAUUAUGGCAUUCCUCCAAGAAUGGAAAACUAUGCUUGUGCGAUUGAUCUUUUUGGGCGUGCUGGGCUUGUGAAUGAGGCUAAGUCCUUGGUGGAUUUGAUGCCGUUUCAACCUGAUACGAUGGUGUGGAGGACUUUAUUGGGUGCUUGUAGGAGUAGCGGGAACAUGGAAUUGGCUUGCCAAGUCGGGAAUCGACUACUUGAGUUAGAGCCCGAAGAACAUAGCACUUAUGUUCUGCUCUCGGACAUGUAUGGACGCCUUAAAAAAUGGGGUGAUCAUGCCAGGGUGAAAAGACUUAUGAGGGAGAGAGGGGUGAGGAAGGUCCCUGGCUGGAGUUGGAUUGAGGUCCAAAACCAGGUUCAUUCUUUUAAUGCUGAAGACCGUUCCCACCCACUCUGCGAAGAUAUAUACCCUGUACUGGAAGGCUUGAUGGAUGAAGUAAAAAAGUUGGGCGGGGAUGGCAAUUCAGAGGAUUCCUUGCAACAAAUGGAGAUAUGGUUCGGGGCUCUUUGACAGUGACAUCUAUUCAUAUUCUCUUAGUUGAUGGCAACAAAUUUCAUUCGUUCAGGUACAGGUGCCUGGAUAAUUUUUUGGGCAAACAUUUGGGGCAGUGAAUAAGGAAGAAAUGGAAAUAUGGUUCGGGACUCUUUGACAGUGACAUUUAUUCAUAUUCUUUUAGUUGAUGGCAACAAAUUUCAUUCAUUCGGCUAAAUGUGCUGGAUAAUUUUUUAGGCAUACAUUUGGUGCAGCAAAUAAGGAAGAAUGAUAAGCAUUCUCCAUUGUAAUCUUACAGAAACACAAAUUUCAGGCAGCCUUCUUCUCAUUGUUUUAUGCUAGAUGACAAGAAGGAAAAAUCGGUUUGUCGUGAAUGUGAAGCAUUCCCUUAUUCAAUUGAAGUUACUGUCUUCUCCAAAUAGGAACUCUUGUCUUUGUUGCUUUUCAACGGGAAAAAGCUGUGGAGCUGGGAGAGGGGAGUCAGCAGUGGUGGGAGGUGAGGAGGAUGCCUUCCAAGUCAGCAUUUCCGAAAGAAACAUAGAACUUCAUCGAGGGGAGAUGCUGAGUUAACUUGCUGGCGAAGGAGUGUGUUAAAACUCAACACUGACAGGGCCACCAAAGGCAACCUGGGUGCUGCCAGAGCUGGUGGUAUGUUCAGAGAUGGAGGAAGAAAAUGGAUUGGAGGCUGCACAAGUUUGGUGGGCAUUGGCAUAUAUGCUCUUCCACCAAAGCGGAAUUUUGGGCUCUAUACUGCUCGACCUUCGAAGAUGCUCGUAGUUGAAGUGGAUUCGUUGUUGGUUAUAGAGUUGUUAAGGAACAAGGACAGGAGUACAACGAAGCGGAAUCCUUUUGCUGAAUCGAAUCGAACGGCCACAAUUUGGGAUGUAUUACAAGAACGGACAGCAGAUUAGUUUGGAUUUUCCUUUGGCUUCUAGCCCUUUGUACCCACACAGGAAAAAAAAAAAAAAAAAAGAAGAAGAAGAAGAAGCAGAGUUUGAAUUAUUAUUUUUUUCGGUCAUAAGAGUUUGAUGUUGACUCAC